UCAUUCAGUUGCAAAGAUCUUGGAACAGGUGCGGCAAUACAAGUAUUUGUGAACUUGGGUUUCAAACGAGCGGAAUCCUGAUCAGCAAAUUAGGUCUCGAUUUUAGGGAUCUUUCAUCAAAAUGUAGAAAGUUUUGUGCUGUCGCCACUUGACUAUUAAACUGCGAGUCCGAGUUCUCCUUUGUUACAUAUGGCCAAUUGUUCUGUACGGCUGUAAAGAUUGGACAAUUAAAGAAGAUACCCGCCGGCCCUUAGAAGCAUUUGAGAUGUGGUGCGAAGCAAACAUGCUUCGUUUAAGCUGGAUCCAAGUCUAACGAGAAGGUUCUUGAGUUGAAGUGCCGAAAAAACUUAUGCAGAACAUUAAACAACGGAAAGCAUACCUGGGCUGCGUGUUGCGCAAUGAUCGCUACCACCUGCUUCAAUUAAUUAUAAUGGGUAAACCCAGGAUAAACGGCGUGUAGGUAGAAGGAAGAAAUCAGGAUUUCGCAACGUUAGAAAGUGGACGGGUAUUGCGACUGCGGAAGAGUUGCUGCAUCUGGCACACGCUUCAAGAGACUGGUGGCUAAUCUCCAGUAAUGGAGUGGCAUUAAAAGAAGAUCACGAUGACAAAUUAUAAAUCUCUAAUUAUUUGUUUAAAAUAGCUUACACCAUCACAUAUUUGGUAUAAUAUGAAUAAUAACUUGAGUAUUAAGGCAGUUAUUGAGGCACGUUUUUAAAAUAAUUAAAUAAUGUGGUUGUGAUUUUGGCUACGUAUUUCAUUGAUGAGUCAUAUUUGUCAAAUAACCACCAAAAAUACCCUCGCAUAUAUAAAUAAUAAUAAGCGGUUUUAGAUUGGUUUUCCGCGUCAUAAAAAAAACUGUUGUGCAGACAAGAAAUAACAUUAUGUCCAGUGUGAGUCCGUCCAAGGUCUUGAAAAGACGUACUAAAGCUUUGAAACUUAUAUUAAAGAUGAAGCGCAUUUAAAUUACCGUUAUUAUAAUAUUCACUAUGUCUCGAGACUGGAAUAUUCUGUUUUUCGCAAUAUUUUUUAAGUUCUUAUGUGUGUGUGGUCAGUACAUCCAAUCUCCUUGCCCGAAUAUUUUUGAUUAUAAGGCAGAUAAUUCAGGACCUUAUGGUGAAAUAAAUUUGCAUUCUAUUGGACAAGUGACGUCGGUAACGUUAAAAGUUAAUUUGACAAUUGCCGCGAGAUUACCUACUAAUUAUGUAGGCAACAUUCAACAUAUUGGCGGAGAACUAAACUUCCUUCAAGACUAUAAUAGCGGGGUUCCUUUGCAAUAUCGUGUCAAUUUUCCUGUCAGCUCGCCUUUACCGAAACUCGUAUCAAUAACAGCUAACGAUGUUCCGCUAUGCUUUGCAUCUGGAGAUGUCCCAGGUCCCGGUCAAUACGUGACUACAAUUACUCUGCAGCAUUCAUUAUUUCUCCGAAACAACUUCAAUGGUAUUGGUCCACCUCAACCCAGUUUUAAGCCAGGUGGACCACAAAAUGUACAGUUCUCACGCCCUCCCUACCGUCAACCUGAGUAUGAUGUGUAUCAAGUUUUAGAACCGGCAAAGCCAGUGCAAGUGCAACCUCAAGUGUAUCCUCAAGAUAUUUACCCUCAAAGAGUUCCCGAACGUCGUCCGCAAACCACGAAACCACCAAGACCCCCGCCAACUUAUUCCGAGCCAGAAGUUUAUAAUGACUACCUCAACCAAAAUCAGUAUUCUAACGAAGAUGUAAGGCCCAUACAGCCCGUAAAGCCUCCUAGACGUACACAAAGGCCUACAACUAGACCACCGCCUGAACCUGAACUAUUAAAUAGAGACGAAAACGAUUCCAAACAAUGUGGCGUGACGUCAAUUAACACUGUGCCCCUGAUAUUCCAAGGCAGCAGUUAUCAGCGGGGAGAGUGGCCCUGGCUUGUUGCCAUCUACAAGAAGAGAGCGAGCAGCAUCUCUUACAUAUGUUCAGGGACAUUGGUUUCGGAUCAACAUGUGGUAACAGCGGCACAUUGCAUGCAUGGGCAGUCCAGAAAGACAGACAUAAUCGUUAAAGUUGGCGUGUUUAACUUGGAAGACGAUUGGGGCGACGACAUCACAGUUACCAGGAAGCUGAGUGACGCUGCCAUACACGAGGGAUACAAUAAGACUACUCUUGCUAAUGACCUCCUGGUAAUGACGUUAGAGCGACCUGUGACUUUUAACACUAAUAUAAAACCAGCGUGUCUGUGGAGUGGAAAUACAGACCUCAACAGAAUAGUUGGUACCACAGGUGUGGUGACUGGUUGGGGAGCGAAUGAACAAGGCGCUGGAGGUACUGGCGAGCCUCUUAUGGUCCGUAUCCCAGUUGUAAGCACAAAGGAGUGUCGAGCCAGUAAACCUGAGUUCCACAGAUUGACAUCACAGAAAACUCUAUGUGCAGGUGAUAAGAAAGGAUCCGGGCCUUGUUUAGGAGAUUCUGGUGGUGGCCUUUAUAUCUUGGACAAUGGCCGCUGGAAGUUACGUGGUGUUGUAUCGUUAGCCCUCCUGUCACAGAAUGGAGAUGCCACUUGUGAUCUUAACGAAUAUGUAGUGUUUACUGAUGCUGCUCAAUAUCUUCCAUGGAUUAAAGACAAAAUGUCUAAAUAAACUAGUAAUUAACUAAUUAAUAAGAUAUUGAUACAAAAGGCUUGCCAUUUUAUUUGUAUAAGAAUAUAUAAUAUUAAUAAAUGAUUAUU